AAAAGACAUAGAAUACGAUGAAAUUUAAAAGUGAAACGAAUUCUCCGAGAAUAACCGGUGACCGGGAUAAGGGUUCGUAUCUGGCUCGGUCUCUGCCAUCUCCAACCUCGAGAGCCCACCAAACCCAAAGCCCAGGCCUCUCCGUCCCCAAUCCCCCAUCCGGCUUGCCCCCCAUGUCGUCGCAGUGCCCCUACUGCCGCGCGUCGGGGCCGGCGCGGUGCGCGACGACGCAGCCGCCGCUCUCGCGCGCCGUCUCCGAGUGCUCCGCCUGCGCCCGAAUCGUCCUCGAGCGCCACCUCCACACGCACCCCUUCUUCCCCCUCCUCCCCUCACUCCAUCCGCUCCCCCUUGUCACCCCCGACCUCGCCACAGCCAUCGAUCCCGCCCCGUCUCCUUCCCCCGGCGACGAAGAUGACGAGGACCCCUUUCUCCCCGCGGGCUUCGUCUCCGCCUUCUCGGCUUUCUCCCUCGAGCGCCACCCCGUCCUCGCCCGCUCCGCCUCCACCUUCUCUGGACACCUCGCCGAGCUCGAGCGCGCGCUCGCUGUCGACUCCGCCACCGCGGCCUCCAACCCGGACCCCGCCGGCCCCAUGGUCUCCGUCGACAGCCUCCGCGCCUACCUCCAGAUCGUCGACGUCGCCUCCAUACUCAGGCUCGACAGGGACAUAGCGGAUCACGCUUUCGAGCUCUUCAAGGAUUGCUCGUCCGCGACUUGCCUCAGGAAUCGGAGCGUCGAGGCGCUCGCGACCGCCGCGCUCGUGCAGGCUAUCCGCGAGGCGCAGCAACCACGGACGCUGCAGGAAAUCUCUACUGCUAGCAAUCUUCCUCAAAAGGAGAUAGGAAAAUACAUCAAAAUACUCGGCGAAUCUCUGAAACUGAGUCAACCACUUAACAGCAACUCAAUAGCUGUUCAUAUGCCCAGAUUUUGCAGCUUGCUCCAGCUGAAUAAAUCUGCUCAGGAACUUGCAGCUCAUAUUGGUGAGGUGGUUGUUAAUAAGUGCUUCUGCACACGGCGGAAUCCCAUAAGUAUAUCUGCUGCUGCUAUCUACCUUGCAUGUCAGCUUGAAGACAAACGCAAAACUCAGGCAGAGAUCUGUAAGGUUACGGGCCUCACGGAGGUCACACUACGCAAAGUGUACAAAGAACUGUUGGAGAAUUGGGAUGAUUUGCUCCCCCCUGACUAUACACCUGCCACACCACCAGAGAAAGCUUUUCCCAUGACCAACAUUUACUCAGGGCGCUCAGCGAGUGGCAAGGAUAUGUAUCAGGAUAAGAUAUUCGAGAGUAUUAAGCAAAAAUGCCCUGAGCCUGCAGAGCCUGACCACAUGGUCGUGGUGAAAGAAGAGGGAGACAAGAAAACAGCUGCUCUUGGCCGUCCGCCUACAAAACUUGACCAUCCUGAGUUAGGCAAGGUGUUCCGGCCACCAAAUGCCCCUUUCUCAACAUCUCCUAAAUCUGAUCGUGACAAAACGGAAACUAGCUUACGUGGAUUCAACCUUAAUGAGGUAUCAUGUGCAAUGGACUCUGAUAGAACAGACAUCACAGUGAAACCAACUUUUGGUGAUCGAUUGUCAAAUGAUCCCAAUGCGAAUCCAUCUCCCAACAGGCAGCCUUUACCCUGGCAGCUUAAGCAAGGGGCGCCUGCAACUGCUCCAUCAUAUUCAAGGCUUCGCGAGCAGCAGUCGGGCCUGGAUCUUGUAGCUGCUCUGAAGGGGGUUGGGAAAAGGAGUCCUGGGGAUAGUGAUGUCCGGGAUAAAGAAGGGAAGUGAAUAAUUGGUGCUUUGUAGAUGGGGAACGACUAUUAAGUGUUAAAUUUGCAACUAUGGUCGGAUCACGAUCCAAAGUUCCAGAGGACUCGCACACCUAAGUCUUGCUUGCACAACGUUGUUGCUUUGUAGAUGUAUGUCUGUAGUAGAGUUAGUUUAGCCACCUCUAUGGCUCAAUCACUCUGUAUUUCUUUUGCCUCAUGCCGGGGCUGUGAAAUGUCAUUUCAGGCGCAUUAGCUUCUGUUGUAAAAUUUUACUAGUGUUUAUGAAUUAUUUAUCUGACUAAAGAGGUGUUUACUUUUUAGGAACUAAUUUUUAAUCUUUCCAUUUUAUUCCAUUUUAAUCCCUACAUUGUUAAACACUGAAACUAAUACUUUAUUUUAGUUUUUGUAUUUGGCACUUAUGGACUAAAAUGAAAUAAAAUAGAAAGACUAAAAAUUAGUCUCUAAAAGUUAUUCCUUCCAUUUCUUUUUAGUUGUCGCUAGAUAGUUCAAUUUUGCACUAUUUAGCGACAACUAAAACGAAACGGAUGGAGUCACCAUGUUUCGUGCAAUGAAAUGCAGUUCCUUC